AAUUCACAGAUGGAGAUGGUCAGAAAUGGUUAUCACAUGGUUAACAGUUGGUUAAUUUUUAUUUAUAUACUCGAACAGGAUGUGUUAUAUUUUCAACUGUUGUAAUUGCCUAACUUCCAUUUUACAAAGGUAAAUCAAUACGAGGUUAGGUAUGUAAGUACAUACUUACAUAAUAUAUAGAUGUGCCAAAUACUUGAUGGUAGUCUGGGUGAUUCUAAUGGUGGCUCUGAUGGUAGCCGUAACUUUGGGAGUCGGAGUCAGUUAUGGAUAUAAUCUGUACAUUUCAGAAAGCAUUUCUAAGGGACUACAAAACAAACGAGGUGCACACACACAACUCCAAGGACUACGAAUGCAAAUGGACAAUAACUACUUUGAUGAGGACAUGUCCAAUGUAGAAGGCGUUGACCAUACAACGAUGAGUAUGGACAAACAACGGGAGAGAUUAUCAUAUAUGCUGCAGAGGCUAUCAGCAUCAAACAGACAGAAUAAAACAAAUGAUGAUAUAAAGAAGACUACGGAUAAAGCAUCAGCUGGAUUUACAACGCACAGAAAAAUCAAUGAAGUGCUGAUAGUGACGACAGCUGGAUAUGACGACGAGCAGGUUGAGCCUCGAGACAAGGACGAGGAACAGUGGCUGCCGCAGGGCCAGCAGGAGUUCUGAACACAUGAAGCUUCUUAAAAUAACACAGGCCAUUCGGAGAAAACAUGAGAAAAGAAAAAAAAAAUCCUGAUUCCUGUGCAAUCUCACCUGAAGUGCCUGACGCAAAAGUUGCCUCCUGUUGCUUAUGUUAUAGUUACCUUUCUGAGUAAGCCACCACUCUCAAUUCACUCAAAUUCUUAUUUUGAGCUCAUAUAGUUCUGAGAGUUAUACAGACUCUCAGAACUAUAUGAGCUCAAAAUAAGAAUUUGACAGGCCUGCAUUUAUGACUCUAAAAUGUGACAGCUCGAAUAGAGCGCAGCAUAGACUAGAAUAUAAUAACUGGGAGCUGGGAGCGCAGUUGAGAGCAGUGAAUUUACUGAAUAACCUAUUUAUAUUUUGAAUAAGUAUCUAUCUGCUAACUAUAUUGUUUUUAUUAUAUUUUUAUAGCAAACUUAUAAAAGCCAGUUUAUUUCAUUCCUUUUUGUCCCUACAAUUAAACAGAAUUAAUCAAAACUGCAAAACAAUGGUAAAUGGCCAUGGGCGCGAGUGGCUCAAACUCUACAGCUGAUAGCCGAAUUUUACUUAACUUUUAACAUUUUACUACGAUUUUACCUAAGAUUUAGAUAAACAACUAGGAAAAUGUGUUAUUUAUGCGACUUCUUUCAAUGUGUUGCGGAGUUUGCCCAACGGUACUCGAAGUAUGCUAUGGGAGUUUGGAUGUGUUUCUUGAUAUGUUUCGCUCUAUGGGGAGCCAUGGCUAUGGGAUUAUUUUUCGGUUAUACUUACAAAGUAAACCAAGACCUCCAUUUUAAACGUCCACGAGGUUUUAGAAGAGACGGACUCCUAGAUGAUUACCCUGAUAUUGAAGAAUUUGAUGAAGAUGACGACGAGUAUUCUGUUGUUAAUGCAAGUAUAGCAAAUGAAAGCACCAUAGAAUACAACAUUACAAAGUUCAAUGCCGAGGACCAAUUUCGCCAGCUGAAACUUUUACAGAAACUAAUCACCGAGAUGGGAAAUGACUAUUCCACACUACCAGUAACCACUUUUGGAAAAAAAACGGUUUCCUUACCUGAUAAUUCAAUUUCACAAGAUUUUAAGACGACGAAUACAAUUACUGAACUAGAACAACUUAGAAAAGAAACUCAAACAAGAGUCGUUACUAUUACUGCUGGAUUGACUACGACAGUCUCAGAUAAAACCGGGAAAUUUAAUAAUUCUGCAGUCAACAAAGAAAUACAAGAACAUAAUGCAACUACAGUGGCCAAUGACAAUAUAAACAUCCUGAUAGAAAAAGAGUCCCGUACAAAACCUUUCGAGAACACAGAAGACAUAAGAAAGUUUGAAUUCAAAGCUCAAUUGGAGCCAAGCUACGACGAUGAAACGCUUAAUGAAACGGCCAGGCUGCUAGAACAAUUGAAGUUUAUAGAAGAAGAAGUAAAUAAACUUCCAGAAGAAUCUACAGCGGAAACUCUUCUGACUUCGGAGGCUGAUGAAUAUGAGUUGGAGCCAGAUUCACUGCCAAGCCCCCUACCAGAUGUUUCUGGACAAGAUACAAUGUUAACAAACACGAUUAAAACGGAAAAAGCUCAUCAGGAAGAGAGAGACUACACGAUCAUACAGAGGUUUAAACCAAUAGAUGUAUUCAGCGGAACUAAAAUGGUGCCACUGCAACGUAAGGGUUAUACAAGAGUUCCUGUGAACACUGUGGGCCACAAGAGGGUCACUGUUAGAACUACAGCCAGGCUCGUCCCGGGCCGCACUCGGGGGUACAGUCGACCCACUCGCAGUACAAGCAAUGUUAUGUAAUGGAAAGAAAACUAUUUCGAUUAUUUUCUGUCAACCAUUAUAUAGGUUACGGAGUAUCAUUGGAUUGCAUUAAUCGCGUAGAUGUGACAUACGUUUUGCCUACUUGUUAUAAACCUAAGUUUAAACUAUACCUAAAUAAAAGACACAUAUAAUAAUUAA